AGUCGGGGGUGGGGGGCGAUAAAAGCUUCUUCUGAAUCAUUCCGGACGGUUUCAGUUCAGUCCCGGACAAGGGAGAGGGAGAGAGAGGGAAGGGAAGAGGGACAGGGAGGGAGUUACGUGUGCUGCUACUGUGAAAUGGGGUCUGAAUUUAUUUUAUGGAAACACCGUUUGCUCUUUUCGUUGAUCCUUUUGAGUGUUGCAUGUUCUAAGGUCCACUAUGGGCUCGCAGCUCCAGUUGAAAAUCACGGCACUUUGUCGAAGAUGUUCCCCAGGGGCAGUCAUUGGGCGGUGGGUCAUUUGAUGGGGAAGAAAAGUAUUGACGAUGGCCUUUAUGGCUAUGCCAGCAGUGACAACAUGGCUCUGUCAGAAAAUGCCAAGCAGAGAGAAGAUAACUUGCAAUGGGCUGAGUUGGCUAAGGAUUUCUUACGUUUGUGGGAAGGAGUGACAUCCAGAAGGAUUCAGCCAACAAAGGAAUACUUUCCAGUAUUUAACAAAAAACCAUGGCAGACAACGGACAAUGACAUCCAAGAGAUCAUGGAUUAUCUUCUGCAAUUGACUAGCCUGAAGGCUGAAACCCCAAGUUGAAUACAUUAUAUCAAUCCUGCCAGAAAUAAAUCUAAAGAGACUAUUAUGUUCUUUUCUCCAAGUGUUUAGCUGUACCAAAUUCUGGAUAAAAUUGCUUUUGUUUUAAAAUAACUGAAUGUUCUUGUACCUCUGAACAUUAACUAAAUGAUUUUCACGCAGCAGAUUAUGCUUUGAUGUUUUUAAUGUAAAUAAGCAUUGUUAGGGAAGGUCUUCCAAUAUAAAGAUCAUAACUUUA